GAAAGACGCGCCCCCUGUGCGUAAAAAGGCAGGACAGACAGGACGCAGCGCGACGCUUCCUCUGCUCACCUGAAACAGCGCAGUUUACAGACAGGCGGGCAGGUACGCAGAGGAGCGGAGCCGGAAGAACGAGCAGCUCGACUUGUCCUCCUAGUAUUUUUUUUGUUGCCAAUUCUACUCCAGGCUUUUCUUAGAUUACAACUCUGCCCCCUGCUUCUCCUUUUAAAACGCGAAAAAGUAUUUAUUGUGUGUUAAGUGACGCGGCAUCGGAGGAAAAAUGACAGAGCAAAGAAAGAAGCUGAUUCUGAUCGUGGUGGAUAUUCUUUGUGUCUUUGUUGCGGCUUUGCCCUCAGCCAUCCUGACGCUGAUGUUUAAACCGUACCAAAGAGGAAUCUACUGUGAUGAUCAGAGCAUCAGCUAUCCGUACAGGAGAGACACCAUCUCCCACGGCGUCAUGGCUACCGUCACCAUUACCUGCUCCAUUGUCAUUAUCACCACGGGAGAGGCCUACCUUGUGCACACAAAGCGCCUGCACUCCAACUCCCAGUUCAAUCAGUAUUUGUCAGCUCUUUAUAAAGUGGUGGGAACCUUCCUGUUUGGAGGAGCUGUCAGCCAAUCACUUACUGACCUGGCCAAGUUCACCAUAGGUCGUCCUCGUCCAAACUUCCUGGCCGUGUGCGCCCCGGUCAGCUGUAACGGAUACAUGCUACAGAUCAACUGCACCGGCCACCAUCGCAAUGUGACUGAAUCCAGGUUGUCGUUUUACUCCGGCCACUCGUCCUUUGGGAUGUACUGCAUGCUCUUUCUGUCGCUCUACGUCCAGGCCCGGAUGCAGGGGAAGUGGACGCGCCUGGUUCGACCGACCAUCCAGUUCUUCCUGGUGGCAUUUUCUCUGUAUGUAGGAUACACCCGUGUGUCUGACUACAAACACCACUGGAGUGACGUAGUCGUGGGGUUGCUGCAGGGAGCUCUUAUCGCUGUGCUCACUGUCCAAUACGUGUCCGACUUCUUCAAGCAGCGCCCCCCUCGCUGCACACUUACAGACACGGCAGAGAUCGAACACCUUGAACGCAAACCAAGCCCACAGCCUCCCGACUCGCAGCACGGAAACCACUACAACUACUCUGGACCUGUAUGAGCUCUUUCCAGCAGCUACUCUUACUAACCUGGGCCUACAAGCUCACUAACAGCAGCUCCAUUACCAAAGAACAUGACUUAUACAGAAAAAAAA